AUGGAGCUUUUCGCGCGAGACUCGGGUGAAGGAUCGUUCGUGUAUCUCGCCAACUUUACACUGCUGGGAUCGUCGGCGAUAUGGGGGAUUGGAAUUUCGCAAACGUUGCGGUACUUUCUUCGGUCGCCCAACGAACGCGAAGAUGAACCUGCCUAUCUCAGUGUUCUCGUUCUCUGGUUAUGCUUCGCAGAUACUUUACGAGAAGCCUUCACAAUCUACUCAGCGAAUACGCUAUAUUUCAACACCGUCGUUUGGUACCAACAUCUAAUUUGGGUCCCAGGCGUUCUUAUGCCUUAUCUGUUCUCGGCUCUCGUAGCACUAUCUGCCCAGACAUUCUUUACGUACCGGAUAUGGAUCUUAUCGGAGAAGAAGCGGUUCAUUCCUGUCAUCGCCGUUCUGCCCAUCCUGUUUCAACUAUGUUUUCCACCUAUACUCUUCUAUUCCAUCGACUCCGAUAAUAUCUCAACAGAAAUCCAGAAAGACCUACUCCUCGCCAUUCUCGUCGUCGGCGCCACCGUCGACAUAUCAAUAUCCGGCGGCCUGUGUGCGCUGCUUUGGAGACACUAUAUCGGAGAGGGACCCGUGCUACAGUCGACAAGGUCGCUGCUUCAGCGCAUGAUGCUCCUUUCCGUCAACACUGGGAUGUGGACCGCGCUUAUCUCGUGCGGGACGGUCAUCAUCUUCUUCCGCUCCGGCUCGGAGCACGACUGGAAGUUCUUCGCGUACUUCCACAUCCUCUCGCCGCUGUACUACACCACCGUCCUGGCGAACCUCAACGCCAGAACAUACCUCCGCCAGCGCUGUGACCCGGCGCUGCCGAGUGACUUGGUGGCGACAGGUGGGGGCCGGGCGUUCCUCGCUGGCGGAGGUCUCUUCGACGACCAGAUCAUCGAAGAGAUCCGGUUCGCCGACGUUGGGAGCAAGGAAGGCGGAAGGUCGAGGCCGUCUGCGGAUACCCUUCAGCCUGAUUUUAUGUUCAAGUCGUACGCUGGCAGUGAUGACCAGUCUAACCAGCUCAGCCCCACGUCGGAGAGGGUUCGAUCGCCUGAUCAUGAACGAACUUUUGAACACCAUUAA